CCCCUCCCAGGACCCUGACGGAUGGGCCGAAUGGGACAGAGCUUCUAGAAGCCGUUUUUAGCGUCUUCUCGUGUUCGACUCGAUGAUACGGAUGCCGGAGCCGUCCUUUGGGGCCUUGGAUUCCGGAGUUCCUCUUCCCCAAGGGCCAAGACGAACUGACAUGCAGAGUCGAACCCAAAAAAACCGUUCUUUCGCCCCCCCUGCCCGUAUUCCAAUCGGUUCUCAGAGAGAGCUGCAAGUGCUGUUCCGUAUUCUGUGCAGCAGCGAGGAUACCCACAUUGACUGGAACGCCGGGUAUGCAGGACUGCACGAACGAGGCCCCAAUGGAGACAAGGACGAAGAAAAUCGAGCCUGCUGCGCUGCUGGUGCUUCUGGAAAUAGGAUCUCUCGGGGUCCGCCGAGAGGCAAGAAAACCAACAACGCUACCGUGCGUGGAUAUCUGCCAGAGCGCAACAAAGUUGUCACUUGUCAGAGCUCACUCGUGUACCCGACGUUUGCCUCGCUGCAACUUGCCGAGCGCUAUAGAGCACCCGCUGCUAUCACUGUGUGUCGAAUUGAAGUCCACAGCAUCAGGGCCAGGGCCAAGCAAGGUUCUAACUGCAUGGCUUCUGUCUCCCCUCGUGGGCCGCUCCGCCGUCGUCUUGUUCGUCGGCAUCGAUGUCUGCCCUGGCGCCAUCCCCCAGUACCUGACGUUUGGUGCUUACAGGCGUACCUCGCCGACCACAGGAUGCCUUUCCCGGGGCCGCUGGGCAUUCUGUACCCGCCCUGCCUGCGAGGUAAAAAAAUAAUAAAAAAAAAAAAUGAAUUGUUACUGCUCACGCGGGGCUGCGUUCCUGUUUGAGGCUUGGCGAGGGGCAGCCCUCCAUAAGUCCAAAGUGGCUCUCUGGAAGAGUCCGAAGGGGAGAGGGCCACAGGGUAUGGAGGAUCGAGG